CGUAGCAGUCGCGCAGUUUGGUACAGAAUUUGGGGCGCCAUAUUGACGCAAACAACUUUGGCUACGUUUGGCUCUGUGCGGGAGGAGCGCAAAGUUUGGGGCGGAUUUUGUUCCACUCGCCAGCCGAUUUAUGUGUGAAAAGAAUUAUCCGUGCAUGCCCAGCGACGUGUGGUAAAACACUCGAACGAAGGAGCACGAUGAGUGGCGGUAAAAUGUCUGCAUUUCUGCAGUGUAUCGAGGUGGAAAACUUCAAGUCCUACCGGGGUCGCACUACGAUUGGACCGCUGAAGCGAUUUUCCGCCGUAAUCGGCCCCAAUGGAUCUGGAAAGUCCAACUUCAUGGAUGCCAUCAGCUUUGUGAUGGGUGAGAAAACCAGCAGCCUCCGCGUGCGGAAGCUGACCGAGCUCAUCAACGGCGCCUCGAUCGGGCGACCCAUCUCGAACCGGGCGUCCGUGAUGGCACGAUUCAUCAUCAAGACCGAGGCGGAGGGUGAGGUGGAGAAAACGUUCCAGCGCUCCGUCAUCAACGCGUCGUCCGAGUAUCGCAUCAACGGGUCCGUCGUGUCGCCCCAGCACUAUCUGGCCGAGCUGGAGAAAAUCGGCAUCAAUGUGAAGGCGAAAAAUUUCCUCGUCUUCCAAGGGGCGGUGGAAACGAUUGCGAUAAAAAAUGCGAAAGAACGGACGGCCCUGUUCGAGGAGAUCAGCGGGUCGGGUCUGCUGAAGGAAGACUACAACCGGCUCAAGCACGAGAUGCAGAUGGCCGAAGAGGAAACGCAAUUCACGUACCAGAAAAAGCGUGGCAUUGCGGCGGAGCGGAAGGAGGCCCGGCUGGAAAAGCAGGAAGCCGACCGGUACGCGAGCCUGAAGCAGGAGUGCAGCGAGAAGCAGGUACACUUCCAGCUGUUCAAGCUGUACCACAACGAGAAGGAAGCGAAGCGCCUGAAGGAGGACCAAAUCAGCAAGCAGCAGGAGCUGAACAUCAUCGAGAAGCGCAAGGAGGAGGCGGACGAGGUGCUGAAGGAGAAGAAGAAGGAGGUGGGCAAGAUGACGCGCGAAAUGGCGAAGAAGGAGCAGGAAAUUCGCGAAGUCGAGGCGGAGAUGAGCAAACGGCACCCGAUGUUCAUUAAGGCGAAGGAAAAGGUGGCGCACACGCAGAAGAAGCUGGACGGUGCGCUGAAAACGCUCGAGCAGGCCCGCCGGGCGGACGAAGCGCACCAGGCCGACAUCAAGAAGCUGGUGGACGAGCUGCAGGAGGUGGAGGUGAAGCGGGCGGCGUUCGAAAACGAGGUCGCGGGUGAAUCGAAGAAGCGCGGCAGCAACGUGCACCUGGAGCGCGAUCUGGUGCAGGAGUACGACCGGCUGAAGCAGAAGGCCGACGCGACGUCCAGCAAGUAUCUGAUCCAUCUUGAUUCGGUGAACCGCGAGCAAAAGUCCGACCAGGAUCGGCUGGACAGCGAGAUUAACAAAAAGGCCCAGAUCGAGGAGAACUAUAAGAAGAUCGAGUCGGAGAAGAACGAAGCGCUGAAGCGGCAGGAAAAGUUGAUCGACCAUAUCAAAACCAGCCGGCUGGGGCUGGAGGAGCAGAAGCGCAUCAAGGCGGAGCUGAGCCAGGACGUGGGCACGUCCAAGGAGCGCAUCCACGAGCUGCAGUCCGAGCUGGACAAUGUGCGCGAGCAGCUCGGCGACGCCAAGAUCGACAAGCACGAGGACGCACGCCGGAAGAAGAAGCAGGAGGUGGUCGAGCUGUUCAAACUGGAGGUGCCGGGCGUGUACGACCGCAUGAUCAACAUGUGUCAGCCGACGCACAAGCGCUACAACGUCGCGGUAACGAAGGUGCUCGGCAAGUACAUGGAGGCCAUCAUCGUGGACACGGAAAAGACGGCCCGCCGCUGCAUUCAGAUACUGAAGGAGAAAAUGCUGGACGUGGAAACGUUCCUGCCGCUUGACUAUCUACAGAAGAAACCGCUCAAGGAACGGCUCAGGAACAUUGAGGAACCGCGCAAUGUGAAGCUCAUUUACGAUGUGUUGAAAUUCAGCCCACCGGAAAUCGAACCGGCCGUGCUGUUUGCCACCAACAAUGCGUUGGUUUGCGAAACGCCCGACGAUGCGAUGAAGGUGGCGUACGAAAUCGACCGCAGCCGGUACGAUGCGUUGGCACUGGACGGGACGUUCUACCAAAAGUCGGGCAUCAUCUCGGGCGGUAGCCACGAUCUCGCCCGGAAGGCAAAGCGCUGGGACGAGAAGCACAUGGCACAGCUGAAGCUGCAGAAGGAAAAGAUUACCGAGGAGCUGAAGGAGGUGAUGAAGAAGACCCGCCGCCAGGGCGAACUGACGACGGUGGAGAGCCAGAUCCGGGGGCUGGAAAAUCGGCUCAAGUACAGCAUGAACGAUCUGGAGACGUCGAAGAAAAACAUCAACGAGUACGAUCGGCAGCUGGAGGAUUUCACCCGCGAGCUCGAUCAGAUUGGGCCGAAGAUAAGCGAAAUCGAGCGACGAAUGCAGCAGCGCGACAUGAAGAUACAGGACAUCAAGGAAAGCAUGAACAACGUGGAGGACGACGUGUAUGCCGAGUUUUGUGCCCGCAUCGGCGUCGCUAACAUCCGCCAGUUCGAGGAGCGUGAGCUGGUGCUGCAGCAGGAGCGGGCGAAAAAGCGGGCCGAGUUUGAGCAGCAGAUCGACCGGAUCAACAAUAAUCUGGAGUUUGAGCGGUCGAAGGACACGUCUAAAAACGUGCAGCGCUGGGAGCGUGCCGUGCAGGAUGAUGAAGAUUCGUUGGAAACGUUCAAGCAGGCCGAAGCCCGCCAGCGGCAGGAGAUCGAGAAGGACAAGGAAAAGAUCGAGCUGAUGAAGCAGGAGAAGGCCGCCCACAAGACGCUCGUCGAUCAGAUGGAGGAGGAGAUGGCGAAGGCUAGGCGGGAGGUGCAGGCACUGGCAAAGGAGCUGGCCGCCAUCCACCAGAGCAUAGCGAACAUCGAGAGCAGAAUCGAGUCGAUGAAAAGCAAGCGACAAACCAUACUGAUGCAGGCGAAGAUGGAAUCGAUCGAGAUUCCGCUGCUGCAGGGUUCGAUGGACGACAUCGGCCAGCAGCAGCAGGGACAGGGCGGCGGGCAGGGUGCCGGUGGGCAGGGUGGGGGGGAAUAUGCGGCCGAUGGUGGGUCGGCGUACGAGCGGGAAAGCCGCAUCGAGAUCGACUACAGCAAGCUCGAGCACCAUCUGAAGAACCUGUCCGAUCCGGACCAGAUCAAGAAGAGCGGCGACUCGCUGGCGAAGGAGCUGCAGUCCAAGCUGGACACGCUGGAGAAGAUACAGACGCCGAACAUGAAGGCGAUGCAGAAGCUGGACCGCGUCACCGAGAAGAUCCAGUCGACGAACGAAGAGUUUGAGGCGGCACGCAAAAAGGCGAAGAAGGCGAAGGCAGCCUUCGAGAAGGUGAAGAACGAGCGUUGCACACUGUUCACGAACUGCUGCAACCACAUCUCCGACGCGAUCGACGCGAUCUACAAGCAGCUGUCGCGGAACGAAGCGGCCCAAGCGUACCUGGGCCCGGACAAUCCGGAGGAACCGUACCUGGACGGUAUUAACUACAACUGCGUGGCACCCGGCAAGCGGUUCCAGCCGAUGAGCAAUCUCAGCGGUGGAGAGAAGACGAUCGCCGCCCUUGCCCUGCUGUUUGCCAUACACAGCUUCCAGCCGGCACCGUUCUUCGUGCUGGACGAGAUCGAUGCGGCCCUGGACAACACGAACAUCGGCAAGGUGGCAUCGUACAUUCGGGAGAAGACGACCAACCUGCAAACGAUCGUGAUUUCGUUGAAGGAAGAAUUCUACUGCCACGCGGACGUGCUGAUCGGCAUCUGUCCGUAUCCGGCCGAGUGUCUGGUGUCGCAAACACUGAUCUUUGAUUUGGAAAAGUAUGGCGACUAUCGGCAGGAUGAGUAGAAGUGAGCGCGUAAUUCCAGAUAUUUAUCCUCUCCUCCCAUCAUCAUCAUCAUCAUCACCAUAUGCUUAUGGCUUGUGGCCGGAGCUGUAGUUAUUUUUUCUUUUUUCACCAGAAAUCUUUUACUACUAGACGCUCGCGUACUGUAAACUAUGUUUAAUGAUUGAAUUGUAUUGUAACGGUUAAUGAUUGUAGUAAUGAACUGUAGAACAAAGGAACUAAUAAAAGCUGAAAUAUCGUA